AUGAUGUUGUCUCGUCGUGCGUGCUACAAGUGUGGCAAUAUUGGCCAUUAUGCGGAGGUUUGCUCGUCCUCAGAGCGUCUCUGUUACAACUGCAAACAGCCUGGCCACGAGUCUAGCAGCUGCCCUCGUCCUCGUACCACAGAGACUAAGCAGUGCUACAAUUGCCAGGGCCUUGGUCACGUCCAGGCCGACUGCCCCACCCUGCGUGUGAACGGACCCAACGGCCGCUGCUACAACUGCAGCCAGCCCGGCCACCUUGCUCGUCACUGCACAAACCCCGCUGCCCCCGGCGCCGGUGCUGGUGCUGGAGCUGGUGCUGGUCGUGGUGCCGGUGGUCCUCGUGGUGGUUUCCAAGGCUUCCGCGGCGGCUUUGGCGGUUACCCUCGUGCGGCUACCUGCUACAAGUGCGGUGGCCCCAACCACUUUGCCCGUGACUGCCAGGCUCAGGCCAUGAAGUGCUACGCCUGUGGCAAGCUCGGUCACAUCUCCCGUGACUGUACUGCUCCUAACGGUGGUCCUCUUAGCCAAGCCGGCAAGGUCUGCUACAAGUGUGCUCAGGCUGGCCACAUCUCUCGUGACUGCCCAACCAACGAGGCUGUCGCCGCUGCUGCCCCUACUCAGCCGGCCGUUGAUGCUGCUGCUCCAGUUGCUGCUGUCGAGGCCGCUGUCGAGGCUGCCCCCGUUGCUGCUGCUCCUACUACUGCCGUCGCAUAA